GCCCUCGCACACAAUUCAGGUUGGUGUCCAUGGCAGGAGCAUUGCUGCAGUAUGCAAUGCCUUCGAGGUUGGAUUCACGUAACCCAAGUCUGUCGCCAUUGGCGAUCUAUCGCACUCGAAAACUCGCCCAUAUGGAGUCGUCCAAUUCUCGCCUGCCAACAAUGGGCUCAGGAGAUGCUUGCACGCUCGCGCGUCUCCCCCCUCACGGUCACCACCUUUACACCCCCCGGCUCUUGGUCAGACGAGGAGGUACCUAAUCCGUCUCUCAAACAGUUCGUGAUGGACAACCUAGGGAGAAUCAAGGAACUCGUCAUACAACAGCCUUACAUCAACAUUCCUGAUGUCAUCAUUGAAACAGCGCGUCCUCGCGGCAGCCAACCUCUCGCCCUUGAAUCGCUCAGCUUGUUGUGCGAUGGUUCUCAAAGGCAAUGGUCUACCCGGCCUGAUGUGAGGCUGCUUCGCGCACCCAAGCUCAAACGGCUGCACAUUUCCUCGCUCCCUUACCUCUCUAUGCGUCCGUCCACGUUGGGCGGUAUGCAGAAUCUUCGCGAACUAUCCCUGGCGCGUUCGCUCGGACAGCUUGGAGAUCUGGAAGGUCAUCGCAUUCAUCUGCCGCGGCUUACUCGCCUCAACCUUGAGGAUUGGGUAGAUCGCUGCCAACGCUUCUUUGCCAUACUUUCGGUGCCAAAGCCUCUCGAAUACAUUGGGAUUGAGGCGACUCAUAAUUCUUACGAUAAGUCAUUCGACCUCUUGUCUUGCCUGCGAAAUACUGUCAAGAACAGUCAUCUAUCAGAAACAACCACUGCAGAGGGUUCGCUCCGAGUCAAGUCACUGAGUUAUCGCUACGCAGUAGCUUUCAGUACUUACAAAAGGCACCUCGUCAGAGAUACUACCUCCGCAUUCUUAUUCGGCUCUGUUCGUGAUGAAGCAGCACUCUCCGGUCUCCGCAACAGGAUUGUCCUUUCUGCAGAUAGUUGCGGCUCACGUUGUGACUUGUCCAAUCCCGGUAUCUUUGCCAGCAGUGCCCUCGCCAUGAACGUUUGCCAGCUCACCUCAGAAGUCUCUGGGUUAUUCCCGCUCCGUUUUGUUGUUUCGCUGUACGUUCUUGCCGGGACAGACCAUUAUCGCCGUGGCAGAGACUAUAUCUCUUGUCAAGAGCUUACUGAGAUACUCCGGGCGGCACCGUGCAUCCGGUACCUGAGAACGUGCAUGGUGCGAAUCGAAGAAGUCGUUCGGGCACUAUCCCCUUCUUCAUCAGCAGAUGGUGAUCUUCUAGUUCUCGCUCCUGAAGUGAAGGACCUUACUCUGGACUGGAUCAACUUUUUACCUGAAGAUCAAUACGUGCAGCCGGAGGAGUCGAAGGUUUUCUGGUCCUUGGUACCUUGCCUCGCCGCCCGCUCUCGUUGCGGUUCUUCGCUGGACAAAUUGGAGCUUCGGAGAUGCCGCUACUUGAGGAAGGAAGAGAAGAAGGGUAUAGAGGAUCUUGGUAUCGACUUAAAGAUCGUUGACCAGAAGAAUAGCGCGAAAUCCUGCUUUGACACGUACGCUUACUGAAGUAAUGAACUUAUUUUGCCUCGUCGCUCAUGCACAUGUACGAUCAGGAUACUAUGUCAGCUACUGUCUGUAUAAUUAUGCUUACAUCAACCCUAUUUUAAUCUUGCUCGAAUACG